CCACCCUUUGCUGCUUCUGUCGGCCGAAAAUCAUUCCACUAUCUUCAGUUCGGAUCAAUUACGCUCAAUAGGACACCUCGAGGGGCGACUUUGUCUCGUAGUAAGCGAACCCCUCUCAAUCUCGAACAAUCCCCGAGACCUAGGGAUUCGAAGGGAAAAAGAUGAAUUCAUUUGCUUGGUUCUACUAUGCGUUGGAAAUAAUUUGGCUGUGGAACUAGAAUCUAUUGUAGACGUAUAUAAGUUUGAAGUGUUUCCAUUCAACGACUUCUUCGCAAUAUCACAGUUCAUAGCUCAUCAUUUCUUGUUUACCAUACCACAGAGUCAAAAAUCCAACUAGACCAAACAAUACAAUCAUGUCUGCAACCACCAUGAAAUACAAGGCAGCAGCCGUCAACGCUGAACCCGGCUGGUUCAACCUCGAGCUUGCCGUCAAGAAAACCAUAGACCUGAUCAACGAAGCUGGAAACGCGGGUUGUAAACUCAUCGCCUUCCCAGAACUCUGUAAUGCACCCACAGCCCCCUCACAACCAUUGCUUCAAUAAGUAAACAGACUAACCAACUUCCAGGGAUCCCGGGCUACCCAUACUGGAUGUGGAAAGUAACCUACCAAGAUUCCCUCCCUCUGCUCAAGAAAUACAGAGAAAACUCCCUCCCCUCCAACUCCCCCGAAAUGCAACGCAUCCGCGCCGCCGCACGCGCAAACAAAAUCUUCGUCUCCCUCGGCUACUCGGAGCUCGACCUCGCCAGUCUCUACAUAACUCAAGUCCUCAUCUCGCCAACCGGCGAUGUACUCAACCACCGUCGCAAGAUCAAAGCCACACACGUGGAACGUCUCGUGUUCGGUGACGGCACCGGCGAUACAACAGAGAGCGUUGUCCAGACCGAAAUCGGCAGGAUCGGACAAUUGAAUUGCUGGGAGAACAUGAAUCCCUUCAUGAAAGCGUAUGCGGCGAGUUUGGGGGAGCAGGUUCAUAUUGCUGCUUGGCCUCUUUACCCGGAUAAGACGACGUGGAAGUAUCCGGAUCCGUUUACCAAUGUUAGCGAUACCAAUUCUGAUGUAAGUUUGCCUCGAAAUAAACACUUCAUAUGCAUUGGGAGAAGGGGUCUGACAUUUCCCAUAGAUCGUCACCCCAGCCUACGCCAUUGAAACCGGAACCUUCACACUGGCACCCUUCCAGACCAUCUCAAAGGAAGGCAUCAAACUCAACACGCCCCCCGGAAAACAACAAGAAGACCCCAAGAUCUACAACGGCAACGCCCGAAUCUACGGCCCCGACGGACAAGACCUCGUCGAGCACCCAUCUAAAGACUUCGAGGGGUUACUUUACGUGAAUGUACGUCCUUCCCUUCGCUCACCCUUUCUCCCAAAUCCUAACUACGUUCCCCCCAAAGAUCGACCUAAACGAAGCCCACCUCUCCAAAGCCCUAGCCGAUUUCGUAAGUUCCCUCCUCUUGCCAUCAUCCAUCUCCAUCCACAAUAAGGCAACUCACAAUCCCUCAGGGCGGCCACUACAUGCGCCCCGACCUCAUCCGCCUCCUCGUCGACACCGACCGCAAAGACCUCAUCGUCCGGUCCGAGAAAACCACCGGCUCCAUCAAGAUAACCAAGACAAUCGACAAGAUUGGACUCUCCACCCCUCUGACGACCUUGGAGAACGAGGAAAAGAAGAAGAAGGAUGCCGAGUAAGUAUCUUUUUCGGGAUUUUCCGUGAUAGGAACCGAGGGGUAAAGAUUGGGCAGAUGGUUGAACGGGGGGGGGGAACUUGGGAAGUUUUGUGAAAGUAACAUUUUUUGGUAUGAAUCGAGAUGAAUUCGCUGCUCCCUUUGCAA